AUGGCGGCGGAGCAGACCUUCAUCAUGAUCAAGCCCGACGGCGUCCAGAGGGGCCUCAUCGGCGAGGUCAUCAGCCGCUUCGAGAAGAAGGGCUUCUACCUCAAAGCGAUGAAGCUCCAGAACGUGGAGAAGUCGUUCGCCGAGCAGCACUACGCCGAUCUGUCCUCCAAGCCAUUCUUCGGCGGUCUCGUCGAGUACAUCGUCUCUGGCCCCGUGGUUGCCAUGGUGUGGGAGGGCAAGAGCGUCGUUGCCACUGGACGCAAGAUCAUCGGCGCCACCAACCCCCUGGCCUCCGAGCCUGGCACCAUCCGCGGUGACUUCGCCGUCGACAUUGGCAGGAAUGUCAUCCAUGGAAGUGACUCAGUUGAAAACGCUAGGAAGGAGAUUGCCCUGUGGUUCCCUGAGGGCCUUGCCGAGUGGAGCAGCAGCCAGCACUGCUGGGUGUACGAGUCCUAA